AUGGUGCCUCAGCUUAAAUAUUUGGGACUCAUCUUCGAUAACAAACUCAGCUGGAUCCCUCAUAUAAUGGAUUUAAAGAAACGCACACAGGCUAUCGCUAAGUACUUGCGCCAUAUGCAAGGUUACAGAUGGGGCCUUAACCCCCAUAUACAUAAGAUCCUGUAUCAGACUGUAACAGAAAAAAUGGUAACAUAUGGUGCGGCCGUGUGGGCGCAGCCGAUGCAGGGCCGAAAGGUCCGGCACCUGCUCAGCAUUCAACAACAGUUUGCUCUUAAUAUAACGAGGGCAUUUUGCACAACGGCCACAAAUGCGCUGAACGUUCUAGCACCUGAUGGUUCCUUUACACAUCAGCAAGGAACGGGAAGCAGUUCACAGCUCAAUGUGCCGGCAUCUUUUGAGGAUACGAUGUACUGGUCGAGUGACUAUGAAGUACUUGCGGUGAUCCUAGACAAGCACCCGGCCGAACAAUGCAUAGGGAUAAACGUCAGCAUCAAAGAACAGUCUCUCGAGACCCAUAGGCACAAUACCUAUGCGUACACCGACGGCUCAAAGAUGGACGGACAGCCAGAAGAUAUACAAAUGUUCAAUACCCUCAUCUUCACUGUUGGUUCCAAAAUGGACCACAAUGUGGGAUGCGCGUUUGUUAUGUUUCAAGGCAAGGAACAAGUCACGCAAUGGAAGGGCCACCUUCACGGGAACAACAGCGUCUUUCAAAGGAAGGCAGUUGCUAUUCAGAAAGCAGUACAACAUAUUGCCAGCAACAACAUCAAAAAAGCUGUUAUAGUAUCCGAUAGUAUGUCAGCCCUGCGAGCCUUGCAAAAUCCGGCACACUCCUCCUCAAUAGUCCAGGAAAUUCAAAGCCUCUUACGACAGUUUAAACAUCUGGAAGCUCGCCUGACAUGGAUGAAAGCCCAUGCAGGCAAUAUGGGAAAUGAGGCAGCAGACCUCCUUGCGAAAGACGCUGCCCUAAAUAAGGAAGCCGAGGAGCUAGCAUUACCGUGGCCACACUCUACCUUAAAAAGAAUGCUCCAUCUGCAAGCACUCUCAAAGUGGCAGGCUGAGUGGGACAUUGCUGAGACCGGCAGACGUACUCAUUAUUAUCUUUUGUAUGUUAAUCCAGCCAGGCUCCACUCAAACCCGCACCUGGUCCGUUAUGUUACAGGCCAUGGACCCUUCCCGGAGUACUUUGCCAGGCAUGGCACGACUGACACAGACCAGUGCAGCUGCGGUCACCUGGGUACUCCGGAGCAUUACGUCACUACCUGCUCUCUGACCAAUGGGAUGCACAUACGUAUUCUCACUACAAACACACAGGCAUUCUGUAAGCUCAUGGUCAAGCAGAAGCACCUCUGCCGGCAGCUCAUCAAAAUUAUGGAGAACCUAGCCAGUCUCGGCACGGACCUCUGUGCAGCAGAAUAA